AUGAGUAUAUGGGAAUGUUGUGAGCUAUUGAACAAUGUGGUCGAUGAGAGCCAUCCUGAUCUCGAUGAGCCUCAAAUUCAACACCUUCUCGGCUUCUCCAAACUGCUGAAGCCAUUCACAGGGAUUACCCUAACGAAGAUUGAUCUUAGAAAGGUUCUCCUUUUGCCAGAAUUCGGUGGUCUUCCUCAGCGGGCUGUUAUUGGCGAUACAUUUCCAGUUGGAUGCACCUUCGACCCGGCCAGUAUUCACAAGUAUUUCAAAGAAAAUCCUGAUAAAAAUACUCCAAAGUACAACAUCAAAAUGGAGUUUACAGUGAAAGGAUGUGGACUGGACAAUGUCCUUAUGUCAUGGGGUCAUGACGACUACAUGUAUUUGGUGGCUAAGGAGAACGACACAACUCUGCCUCACGUAGGCCUCUUCAUUAUUCGAUACCACUCCUUUUAUUCAUUGCACAAGGCGGGAACCUACCCACACUUGAUGAGCGAAGAAGACAGGGAGGAUCUCAAGUGGCUCCAUGUAUUCAAGUAA